AUGGCGGCCGGCACACUGGACUCCUGGAUGCGCGCCAGCAGCACCAGCAAGAAACGUAAAUCCACCUCGACAGAUGAUAUCGCUGAACCGCAAGAGCGACCAGCCAAACGGCCAAUCACAUCCGAGCACGAGAAACAUACACCCGACCAUCAAGACGAGGAUAUCACCACUACAGCAACGAAUGCCCAACCUAGCCAGCUAGCUCCUGAAGAUCGUCCUCGUAUAAGUCUGAAGAUCACAGAAGUUACAGGCGACAUCUUCGACGCGCCACCCAAUACUCUCAUAAUCCACGCCUGCAACUGCCAGGGUUCCUGGGGCGCCGGGAUAGCCAAAGCCUUCCACGAUCGCUACCCAUCUGCGUACAAAAAAUACGCCACACACUGCAAUACCAUGAAGCAGAAAUCAAGUCUGGUCGGAACAGCUUUACUCAUCCCACCCCCACCCCCAACAGCAAAAACAUCAACGUCCACCAAGCCCGGCGCGAAUGGUACAAGGACAGCAAAAGUUGAAGCUCGUCAUUUCAUCGGCUGCCUCUUCACCUCCUCCCGCUUCGGCAGGUCCAAGGAUCCACCAGCCAAGAUCCUCGAAGCCACGGGCCCGGCAAUGGAAGAUCUCCUUACUCAGAUCCAGGAAUGGAACCAUUCCGUCAAUGACGCCGAGAGUUUGCGAGAGGUACGCAUCUGCCAGAUCAACAGUGGAUUAUUCAAUGUGCCUUGGGGAAAGACGAAGGCUGUGCUUGAGGGGAUCGAUGUGAGUGGCAAGGAUGUCAAGGACAUUUCGGUGGUGGUUAGGGAGGAGUGA